AAGAAUACAAAUUCUAAAUAACUCAUGUGGAUGUGGACAUUGAGGGUUCGAAACAGUUCCUCGUGAAAUGAAAUAAGUUUUAUUUUAUUUUUAUUGUAUGGCUUCAACCACGGUCAUUAUUGCCUUAUUUUUAUUGAGAAUUAGAUUGUAUUUUGAAGUUUAGAACAUUUCAGAAAAGAAAUUAGUUUAUCAAUUUCAUUCGUAUUGUCCUGUAAAAUGAAGUGUAGAUCGUUUGCCACAAGAAAGGCUAAAUGUUUCGUAAGCUCUGCAUUCUGUUAAAAUGUGUUUCACUGUCAGAGGAGUCCCACAGGUUUGGCAUGUUGGCGAAGAAUCACGGGCCAUCAGGUAUCCAUGAAUAAGGCGUGUAUGACCUAUACGCAGGGGCUUAAGAAUUACUUCCUCUCUGCGGUAAAAUAAGUUUUAAAUUCAAAAUUGAAUUUCAUAAGACUGCAUGAUCAUUGAAGCUGAUGUCUAAGAUCGAUCUUGAUGCCUCGAACAAUUUUCGAUUCGCCUUCAAGAAGCACCCUCCCCCGAGGGACUGUGGUAUAUCCGUUGAAGACUUUUUAUCGCCCCAACAAAGACCCAGACAGCAGCUGAUCCAGCACGUGCACCUUUAAACCACCCCCGCGUCUUAAGGAGUCCAGGAAGCCGUGAUAGGAGGACCAGGUGGAGUACAUCUGGAGGCCAUCUGCCAGGACCUGAGCAGGUAGAGGCAGCUGCGGGGCAGGUGAUGGCUAGCCACCUGGGCACGAGCGAGCAACAGAUUGCUCACUGAUUUCUCUUCAAGUCUCCUCGACAAACCAUUGCUUCCGAUGGCACAGGUCCCAAAUGUUUGUAGAGCAGCAGCUGCUUUGCAAGGUCGAGAAAAGUCUUUUUGGAGUUAAAGGUAGGAGUAGCCUACACAAAGACAGGAAUACAGUUGAAUGUCAGGACAAAUAAUGGGUAAGGCCUUUAGUGGGGAUUUAAACUGAAAGGUCCAUUAUUCCGAAACCAAAAACAUAGUUUUCUUUAUGUAGUGAACAUUCAAAAAUACAACAGCUGAAAGGAAAUGAAUCGACUUGCAAUCAUCGGGACCAGUCAACUUGCUCUAUGUGUGACGAAUCGAGUUCGUGAUUCCAUCCGAUCGAAUGCAUCCUUCGACCGUACUUUGUGAAUGGAAUGCCGAAUAAAGAAAGCAUUUAAAAAUAGUGAUGAAAUAAUAUGAAAGUUAUUUCUUUUUUUCGUAGUUCUCAUAGCUCCAAUGGUUUUCCCUGAACUUAUCAUUGAGGAACUGAUAAGUGAACUGUCAUGUGAUUAGUAACUAGCGUCACUGACUUUUUAGGUGUUCCUUGAAAUCUUAAAGUUAUGAAUGUGGGUAGUUUAGUCAGUUUUUGUUUUCGUUCAAUAUACGAUUCAUAUUACUGAUUCAGAGAAAGCUUUUGAUAGGUAUCCAGCCAUUUUGACAAUGGGCAGAAUCAGCUGUGGAACAGCUGUUCUUGUCACCUGGUGCCCGACACAGGAAGAGAAGAAACUACAUUCCGUCAUGGUUGAGGAUUCUCUUUUAUCCGGAUUUGCUAUUCAGCAGAGAGCAGAAGCAAAACGAGGGUCAAGCAAUCCGAUACCUGGGAUCGUUGUACGUGACUCACAUCAGCUACCUCCCCCUCUUUCUAUGAAGCCUAUGCUCAGGUAA